CGGUCUGGUCCGGUCUCCGUCCAGCUGUUCUCCCUGUGCCGUCGUUCCCCUUUUUCCGUUGGCUGCCUGACCAUUCGGAACUCGAAAGAUGUUCCGAAUUGGAUUAAAAUUUCCUUACAACGGUCUGAAUCGGGUAAAAAAACACGGCUCCUCCAGGCCACAUCUAACCGCCAGGUACUACGAAUCGCGGGCGCGCAUCAAGUACGAGCCAGAUGGAAGACUUUGCAGGGAUGUCAGAUUUAUAUCCAGGUUUACUGGGCCGAGGUAUUCGACCGCACCAAAAAGCAUCAAAAGUCAGGGAUCAGGAAUACUGAUAACUCUAGGCGCUGUAACAAUAGGUACCUUAGGAAUAUUAACAUAUGCAAAAGGAAAUCCAAAGGUUCGAGCUGUCCUCGAAGGAUGGAUUCCUGGUACAGAUGAAAUUAUCCGAGUUAUCUUUCAAGAAGAUAAGAAUUCCAACUAUUUUGACUUUGUAUUUACGUUCUUCGAAACGAUGAAGCAGACAAUAUUAGGCAUGUUCAUCAAAGAAGCAUCAGAAUCAGCGCCCAAGCCAGCUUUUAAACCACUGGUCGAUCACAAAGAAGCUUCUAUUAACAAGAAUCAAACCGAAAUUCGUAUUAGUAAAGAUAAGGGCGAAAAAGUCGAUGUUGUGACUGAGAAACCAGCGUCGCCUGUCAAAACUGUGCGCGAUGAAUCAAUACCACAAAAUCUCAUCGAGUUAGAAACAUACUGUGGAGAAGCUGCUGGUAAAGCUAUUGCGGCCUAUCAAAAGGCAGUGUAUGCGCUUCAAGAAUACAAUCAGAAUGUUACCAAAGUGAUUGAAAGUGCUGGCACUACAGUAAACGGAGUCGUCUGGCAAAGAUUAAAAGAGGCAACAGAAAAGAGAAAACAGACUGUACAGCAAGCAGAAGAACACGCGAAAGAUGCAUUAGAUUCGCUUAAGCGUAUGUACAAUUCAAUCGAUGAACCUGUACUUGAAGCGGCCGCUCACAUGAAAACGGCUGCGAAGCGAAAUAUUAGAAAAAUUAUGGAUGAUGUGGACGAAGCUAAGAAAAAAUACAUCGAUGAAUUACAGAGUAGUAACAUCGCGGAGCGCUAUUGGAAGCAGGUUCAAGCAGCACGAGAGACUUUCAAUGAAGAAUUGCAUAUUCUGUUUCCCAAUAUAAAUAUUCAUGAUAAGAAGUUGUCUGUUAGCGAAGAAGCCUUCGAUUUAUUCGUCUUGCAUAUGUAUCACAAAGUCAACAAUCUGCAAAAAGAGCUGGCGAAAUUAAGAACAGUCAACGAAACUAAAGUGAAAGCGGCACUGAAGACAGCGGGUGAAGACUCAACUCAAGAAAAAUUAGACGCUCUGGUCAGCCUCGAAGUUAAUCGAGAGAGACUUGAGUUAGAAAAUAAGCAAGCAAAAGAGUUGCUAGCGGAGCAGAAGAAGUUUAACGACGAGAUACGACGCCAGUUGAAAUUGCAGUCGGAGAUACAUGCCGAUCAUCUUCGAGAAGCACUUUUGGCCAAAGAGCAGGAAACGCAGAGGAUGCUGCAACGCGCGCUCUUCGAACAAGCCGAUGCCGACUCUAUAAAAUACAAAACACAGCUCGCAGAAGUAGUUGGAAGAUCACGUGCUGUCACAGCAGCUCUUAAAGCUCGUAUAGAGGAAGAGAAGAGUGUGUCGAAUGUACAGAUUCUUUGGGCGGCCUGUCAAACCUUGGCCAGGACAGUAAAAGCCAUGCAGUCAAGUGCACCAAAGGAUAAAGUAAUUAAACCAUUAGAACCUGAAAUUAAGGCUAUCUGCAAGGCAGCACCGAAGGACGAUUCCCUGGUGCGCGCCGCUAUCCAAACCAUUCCCGAGGAGGCGGCUAAGAGAGGCGUAUUCCCGGAGGAUACCCUCCGCGAGAGGUUCCUCAAGGUAGAGAGCGUGGCGAGAAGAUUAGCCAUGGUGCCUGAAGGCGGUGCAACCCUGCCUAUAUAUCUUCUUAGCUAUCUUCAAAGUUUCUUGAUCAUCAAAACGGCCAAUCCAAUUCCGAAAAAGGAGCUCGAAGACGAGCCAAUCGACGUAGACUCACUGAAUACAUACGACAUACUCCAACGUGCCAGAUAUUGGUUGGAUCGUGGUAAUUUCAAAAUGACCCUGAAGUACAUGAAUCUACUCAAGGGAGCGCCCAGAAGCAUCGCCAGUGACUGGAUGAACGAGACUAGGAUCCUGCUGGAAACGCAGCAGGCAGUCGACACUCUGCUGGCGUACGCAGGUGCGAUCGGUCUCGUAUAUCUCGGCACCGGUGAUCCUGCAAAGAAGUAAAGCGGGAAGAGCGUAGAAAACUGUCCCGAACCACGAGAUAGGGGCAUCCAUAGAAGAACGGAGUGGGGAUGACAGAGGGAAAUAGGGAGAGACAGCGUUAAUCGAAGACAGUAAAGAAAACGAAGGAACGAAGAACAUAGAAAUAUCGCUGCCAGCCUUGUAUAGUCACUUUUCUAGCAAUUAAAAAAAUAGUAAUAUCGUGUGCCGGAAGAGGCGAAUACAGUGAGACGUUUUUCUUUUCCAUCUUGACGUUGAUCGUAAAUACACUUCGUGCGCAUUAAGAUACCGCCUUAAGACUCGAUUUAAAUUUUUCAGUAGGACGUAGAAAUACACAUUUUAAAUACCUCGACUAGAUUUCGUGCUGUCGAACAAAACGAUGAUAUGAAAUUUUUUAUUUGAUAAUAUUUUAUUUAAAUAAACAUUUUAUUUGAUAAAUUCAUUUCACUUAUUGUCGAAUUUUCUAUCCAGAAUAGAGUUCCAGAUUUGACAAAAAAUAAUCCCGCCAAAAGUAACCGUGCACGAAAAAGUCGGUGUAUAUCAAACAUUUAUUUUUAUUCACCGCUAUUUCGUCCAAUGGAUGAACGAAUCGCGACGAAAUAAAAAGUUAUUGGAGGCAGUGUAAAUAUUGGAGAUAAUCUUGUUUUAAGGAUGGUGAUAUAAAAAAAACUGAUUAAACGUGUCCUACGAUUAUUGCAGCACGUUACGCACGGAUAUUGAAAUUAUUUACAAUCGACGUGCAACCACGUCUUGCACGCAUAUUGCAAUCAUUGAAAUCACCGUUUUGUCGUACUUAUAUUUAUGACAAUUACUUGAUAUGCUUGUGUUCGAACUUCUCAUUCUGAUCCAUCCAUCUAUCCUGAUUGAAUGCCUUUUACUUUCUAACCGGAUAUUACUACACGCCAUACUCUCGUCGCUCGUAUUGCAUCGAUCGUCGCGUGCCGCGUGCCGUUACCUCGUUUUUUGCCUCCCACUCAAAACCUCUUCGUGAUUUCAGACGGGGAAACGUGCUAGAUAUCAUUGUUAAAAUUCGAAAUAAAGUUGUUUUUCGUGA